CUGCAUUUUGGGCUCUCUAUACUACAACCUUCUCUGGAUGAUCCUUCCCUUUCAAAGCUCCUCUUUUUAACGAAGACAUCACACCCUAGCAGCUUCUUCAAUCUUCAUGCUUGCUCUGUAAAAGAACUCCAAAGAAAAAAUCGCUGCUUGUGGGAGGUAUUCUGUUUCCUGGUCUUUUUCUUCCUUUUCUUUUCAGCAUCUUCAAUUGCUUAUUCAAUCUGAUUACGUGCUUGUGUCGAGUCCUCCUUUUCAGUUCUUGCCUUGUUUGAUUCAUCAUAUUUGAUUUAAUUUCGUUUCUUUAGAUCCUCUGCAACAACAUUAGGGUUUCUUCAUAAUCCGAUUUCAGUAGUAUAUGGAUACCCUUCUUCCAGAUUCCAUUAAAAAUUCCGUAUUUGAUCAAGGCUUAGUUUCCAUGUGUUCAAUUCGUAAUCUUGUUAAUGGGUUCAAGAUCAAUAAUGAUGUCGUCGAUCCUCAUCAUCUGCCUUCGAUUCCGACCAAUUCACCAUCCUCCGAUUCCAGCUUGGAGGGAGAUUCUUCGGAAAACAGUGAUGUCUCUAAUAACUAUAACAAUGCUGUUCUCAAGUACAUAAGCGAUAUUCUUCUGGAAGAAGAUUUACAGGGGAAGACCUGUAUGUUGCAGGACUGUUUGGCACUUCAAGCUACAGAAAAAUCUUUCUACGAUGCCCUUGGACAGAAAUACACUCCUUCUCUGACUCAAUUUACUUCUCCUUGCAGUGACAACCUUGACAGCCCAGAUGGUAAUUCAAGCAGUAUUGGCAGCACUAGCAACUAUACCAUUGCUGAAAAAUUUGAAUUCUCGAAUGUGCUGUCUUCUCACAUCGACUCUCCUGAGAGUUCUUUUAUCAGACCAGACAUAUUUAGUGAGGUGAAGUCCUUUGGUGAUUCUUUCACUUUUGCUUCAAAAAAGAGUAGCUCAUGGAAGCCUUUGAUGGAAAACGAAGCACUGAUCACAAAUGAAAGAAACAUUUCUGAAUCGAGGCGAAAAAAGAAUCAUGACCGCGAGGAUAGUGAUCAUUUAGUACAGGAGAGGAGUCGCAAGCAUUCUGCGGUAUCUCUUGAAGAAUCUGAAGAAUCUGAGCUAACUGAUAUUUUUGAUAAGGUAUUGCUGUGUCAGGGUGAAUCCAACAAGAGUGCACCCUCUGCUCUUCAAAGCUUAUCACAAGAUGAUGAAGCAAAAGGGAUGUUGCAGCAAACAAAAGGGUCUAGUGGUCGAAGGCGUUCGAGGAAACAAGGCAAUGACAAGGAAGUGGUGGACCUGUGGACUCUUCUCAACCAGUGUGCACAAGCUGUGGCUAGUUACGACCAAAGGAAUGCAGUUGAGUUAAUAAAGCAGAUAAGGCAACACUCUUCUGCUAUGGGUGAUGGAAACCAGAGAUUGGCUCAUUACUUUGUUGACGGACUUGAGGCACGCCUUUCCUUCAUUGGCACACCAUUGUAUUCCCCCUUGGUGGAGAAUAGUGUAUCAGCCGCUGAAAUCCUAAAAGCUUAUCAGAUGUAUGUGGAGGCUUGCCCCUUCGGAAGAAUGUCAUAUGUUUUCGCUAACAAAACGAUUAGUAAACUAGCAGAGAAAGCAACAAAGCUACACAUUAUAGAUUUUGGUGUUGCCUAUGGUUUUCAAUGGCCUUGCCUCAUCGAAGGUCUCUCAAAGAGGCCCGGUGGACCUCCUAACCUUUGCAUUACCGGAAUUGAGCUUCCCCAACUAGGUUUUAGGCCAGCAGAGAGGGUUGAAGAGACAGGGCGCCGCUUGAAGAAAUACUGUGAGAGAUUCGAUGUCCCAUUUGAGUACAAGGUCAUUGCACAGAAAUGGGAGACGAUCAAAUACGAGGAUCUAAAGAUUGGCAGCGAUGAGAUGAUUGUUGUCAACAGUUUGUACCGGUUAAAGAACAUACCUGAUGACACCGUUGCAGUGAAUAGCCCGAGAGAGACUGUUCUGAAGUUGAUUAAGAGAAUUAAUCCUGAUAUUUUCAUCCACGGUGCUGCUAAUGGGACAUAUAAUUCUCCCUUCUUUGUCACAAGGUUCCGCGAAGCACUCUUCCAUUACUCUGCACUGUUUGAUAUGUUUGAUGCUACUAUACCUCGUGACAAUCAUCUGAGAAUGUUGUUUGAGAAAGGAAUAUGGGGAAGUAUGGUCAUGAAUGUCAUAGCAUGUGAAGGCACUGAGAGAAUUGAAAGUCCAGAGCCAUACAAGCAGUGGCAAGUGAAGAAUUUGAGGACAGGCUUCACGCAGCUUCCAUUAGAUCAGGAGAUCUUGGAAAAAGUGAAGUCCAUGGUGAAAUCAGAAUAUCACAAGGAUUUUGUCGUUCAGGAGGAUGGCCAAUGGAUGCUGCAGGGAUGGAAAGGGAGAAUAAGCUUUGCUCUUUCAUGCUGGAAACCUGUCCAGGAUUAACAGAAGUACCACUUGGUUAACUAUAAGAAGUUGCGCUAGGAAGGCUUCAUUUGUUUUUUGAUUUGUUGGCGAUAUUAAUGUAGUUUCUGGUUUGUGGGUAUCUCUUUUGUAUGACUACAUAGGUUUGGGUGUUUGGAAAUUGUUAGUGAAUUGCUUAAGGUCACACAAAAGCGAUCAUCUGAAACAUGCAUAUGCAAAGCUUGUUCUGGUUCUAAA